GAGACGCCUCCGGAGACAGGAGGUCAGCGACGGAGGGACGAAGAGACAGAGAAAAGGAGAGACGGACGCUCGGACACAGAGAGCCUCGGCCGGAGAGCGAGACUCCGCAGAGACCGAAGAUCGGGGGGCUUCGCGGACCAUGGCCUGGGUGCGGGGGUCUCCCCUGCUCCGGGCAUUCCUCUGUGCUCUGCUGCUCCCCGGGGUGGGCGCCUUCAAUUUGGACGUGGGGGCGGCGCUGCGCAAAGACGGGGACCCCGACACCCUCUUCGGCUUCUCCGUGGCCCUUCACCAGCAGCUGAGACCCCGGCCCCAAAGCUGGUUGUUGGUGGGGGCGCCUCGGGCCCUGGCACUGCCCGGGCAGGCGGCAAACCGCACCGGGGGCCUCUACGCCUGCCCGCUGACCUCCGCCAUGGAGGACUGCUACCGCGUGGACAUCGACCAGGGAGCUGACGUGCAGAGGGAGAGUAAGGAGAAUCAGUGGUUGGGCGUCACAGUGAGAAGCCAAGGGCCCGGCGGCAAGAUCGUGACGUGCGCUCACCUCUACGAGGCGCGGCAGCGGGUGGCGCAGCCUCUGGAGACGAGGGACGUGAUCGGCCGCUGCUUCGUGCUGAGCGACGAUCUGCAGGUGCGGGACGAACUGGACGGAGGCGACUGGCGCUUCUGCGAGGGGCGACCCCAGGGCCACGACCAGUUCGGCUUCUGCCAGCAGGGGGCGGCAGCGGCCUUCUCCCCCGACCGCCACUACCUGCUCUUCGGAGCCCCGGGCACUUACAACUGGAAGGGCACGGCGCGGGCCGAGCUCUGUGAUCAGGGCCCCCUGGACCUGGCCCGGUUGGAUGACGGGCCCUACGAGGCCGGGGGCGAGAAGGAGCAAGACCCCCGCCUCAUCCCCGUCCCCGCCAACAGCUAUCUGGGGCUGCUAUUUGUGACGAGCGUUGAUAGCUCAGACCCCGACCAGCUGGUGUAUAAAUCCCUGGAUCCGGCCGCCGGAGAUCUGGCCCUCAAUAGCUACCUAGGCUUCUCCAUCGACGCCGGGAGGGGCCUGACGCGGCUGGAGGAGCUGAGCUUCGUGGCCGGCGCCCCCCGGGCCAACCACACUGGGGCGGUGGUCAUUCUCCGCCGAGACAGCGCCAGCCGCCUGGUGCCCGAGGCCGUACUGGCCGGAGAGCGGCUCACGUCCGGCUUCGGUUACGCCCUGGCCGUGCUGGACCUCAACGGCGACGGCUGGACCGACCUGGUGGUGGGGGCUCCCCACUUCUUCGAGCGCCAAGAGGAGCUGGGCGGGGCGGUGUACGUCUACCUGAACCGGGGGGGCCGCUGGGCCGGGGUCUCCCCGCUCCGUCUCAACGGUUCCGUCGGCUCCAUGUUCGGCGUCAGCGUGGCCGCCCUGGGGGACGUUAACCUGGACGGAUUUCCAGAUAUCGCCGUCGGAGCCCCCUUCGACGGAGCCGGGAAAGUCUUUAUCUACCACGGGAGCAGCCUGGGGGUCGUCACCAAACCGGCACAGGUCCUGGAGGGCGAGGCUGUGGGCAUCACGACCUUUGGCUACUCGCUGUCCGGAGGCCUGGACGUGGACGGGAAUGACUAUCCCGACCUCCUGGUGGGCUCGCUGGCCGACACGGUGGCGUUGUUCAGGGCCCGGCCGGUGUUGCAUGUCACCCACAACAUCUCUCUCUCGCCUGCGGCCAUCGACCUGGAGGUGCCAAGCUGCGCUGACGGGCACGGGGUCUGCGUGGAUAUAAGAGUCUGUUUCAGCUACGUGGCCGCCCCAGCCAGUUACAGUCCCCGCGUCGCCCUGGUUUUUCGCCUUGACGGGGACACGGAGCGGCGGAAGCGUGGCCAGGUCCCCCGCGUGGCCUUCCUGUCCCGCCAGGAGGAAGACCCCCGCCACCAGGCGACCGGGACCGUGUGGCUGCAGCACCAGCAGGACGGGGACUGCGGCGACGCCACCUUCCUGCUCCAGGAGAACGUCAAGGACAAGCUCCGGCCCAUCGUGGUGACUAUGACCUACGGCCUGAGGCCCGCCCGGCUGCGGCGGCAGGUCCCCGGCCAGACGCUGCCCCCGUUGACCCCCAUCCUCAACGCCCACCAGCCCCACAGCCAGCGGGCAGAGGUGCACUUCUUAAAGCAGGGCUGCGGGGAUGACAAGAUCUGUCAGAGCAACCUGCAGCUCGUCCACGCCCGCUUCUGUGACCGCGUGGGCGACACGGAGUUCCAGCCUCUGCCCAUGGAUGAGGAAGAUGAGGGGACAGCCGUGUUUGCCAUGAGCGGGCAGGCAGACUUGGCCCUGGAGAUCACGGUCACCAACUUCCCGUCCGACCCCUCCCGGCCCCAGGCCGACGGCGAUGCGGCCCACGAAGCCCAGCUCCUGGUCACCUUCCCCGACACUCUGCGCUACGCCGGCGUCCGCUCUGCCCCAGCAUCUGCGGAGAAGCCGCCGCUUUGCCUGUCUAAUGAGAACGCCUCGCGGGUGGAGUGCGAACUGGGAAACCCCAUGGGCCGUGGAGCUCAGGUCAGCUUCUACCUCGUCCUCAGCACGGGGGGCAUCACCAUCGAGACCACGAUGCUGGAGGUGGAGCUGCUGCUGGCCACGAUCAGCGAGCAGGAGCUGCAGCCGGUCAUUGCCCGCGCCCGCGUGGUCAUCGAACUGCCGUUGUCCAUCACGGGGGUGGCCAUCCCUCAACAGCUGUUCUUCUCGGGCGAGGUCCGGGGUGAGAGCGCCAUGCGGUCCGAGCGAGACGUGGGCAGUGCCGUCAAAUAUGAAGUCACAGUCUCGAACCGCGGCCGCUCCCUGAACACGCUGGGCUCUGCCUUCGUCCACCUCCGCUGGCCGCACGAGAUCGCCAACGGAAAGUGGCUGCUGUACCCGAUGCGCGUGGAGCUGGAGGGCGGCGGCGGUGGCGGGGGACCCAGCCGGCGCGGAGACUGCGGCGUCCUCACCAACCCCCUCCGUCUGGAAGCGGAUCGAGAGGAGCAGGGGCGGCGGCGGCGGAGGGAGCUGGGGCGGGCGGAGCUGGAUCCGCAGCCGGCGCCCUCUGGGUCCAGGUGGCUCGUGGCGGCGGCGGAGAAGAAAAGGAACGUCACCCUGGACUGUGCCCUGGGCACGGCCAGCUGCAUGGAUAUCCAGUGUCCUCUCUCUAGCUUCGAUCGUGCUGCCGUGCUCCGCGUGUGGGGUCGCUUGUGGAACAGCACGUUCCUGGAGGAAUACCCGGCAGUGAAAUCGCUGGAGUUGGUGGUCCAGGCGAGCAUCACCGUCAAAUCCACGAUCCGGAAUCUGCGUCUCAAAGACGCCUCCACCCAGAUCCCAGUCACCAUCUACCUGGACCCAGCGGCGGUGGUGGUCGGCGGUGUGCCCUGGUGGGUCAUCCUGUUGGCCGUGCUGGCCGGGCUGCUGGUGCUGUCCCUGCUCGUCCUGGCCAUGUGGAAGGUGGGGUUCUUCAAGCGGGCACGUCGCCGUCCAGAGGCCGUGGUGCCCCAGUACCACGCAGUGAAGAUCCCCCGGGAGGACCGACAGUUGUUCAAGGAGGAGAAAACGGGCACGAUCCAGCGGAAGGACUGGAGUACCAAUUGGGGCGAGGGCACCGACGGGCACCUAGCCCCGGGCACCGCUUAGCCUCGCCCCAACCCCUGUCCAGCACUGAGAUGGCUUUGGGGAGUCGGGGGAGGAGAAGCCCAGAGCCCCCUGGAGGGGCUCGGGUGGCCACGCCCCUUUAUGAGCCAAGCCCCGCCCCUCCCUAUUCCGAUUGACUAGCUUGUUCUGCGAGGGGGGGGCAGGUUAGAGCAUGGGUUUCCCCUCCCCCUCUUGGCCCUUCCCUUCCGGGUUCUUUUCCUUGGAAAUAUACUGUGUCCCAUCACCCCUCCCCCGUGACCCUCCCAACUCUCACCGUCCCGUUCCCCUGUCCCGUGCCCGUUGCUGGCUUCAACCUGGCAUGAAGCUGCCCAGCCCUGGGGGUGGGGCCGAGGGAAUUUCUGAGUCCUCCCCUUCCCUCUUCAGCUCCCAUUAAUCCUUUGCCAAUGGAAUCCCUGUCCCUGGAUCUUCCGGGGCUUCUGUCUCCCAGCAAAGUGCCUUAUAUCCCGGGCUCCCCCUCUUCCCUGCCCCCCAGGACCGUUCUCCGGGCAGGGUUCGGGGUUCUAUUUAUUAAAAGUGUUAAUCCCCGCCGAUGCGGUCCGGCUUCCUGUCCGUCUCUGCUUCCUCCCGAUCCCAGUUCCCUGACAUUGUGACAGG